AAUUUGGAUCAAAGAACCACAUAAACCUCAUCUUCUCCGUCAUCCGCUCCGUCGUUUGUCAAACACACAGAAAUGGCGCUCAAUCUAACCACCUCAUUCCUCCAUGGAACGCCCCGCCCCACGCUGCUCCCUCCCAAGAAGGUCUGCGGUGGCGGUGGGUCGUCGGCGGGGAAUCGCCGCUCUGUGGUGACGUGCAGGAAAAAGGAGAUACACCCGCAGUUCCACGAGGACGCGAAGGUGUACUGCAAGGGGGAGCUGGUGAUGACGACGGGUGGGACCCAGAAGGAGUACGUGGUGGACGUGUGGUCGGGCAACCACCCCUUCUACCUCGGAAACCGGUCGGGCAUGCUCGUCGACGACGACCAGGUCGAGAAGUUCAGGAAGAAGUACGGCGAGCUCACCCAGAUCAUGGAGAUUCCUGUCCUCAAGGGAGAGAUUGUUCUGCCCUCCCGCCGCAAGGCCGCCGCCGGUAAAGGCGGCAAGAAGAAGUAGAAAAGGCCAAUGCUUUGCUUACUCAAUGUAAGAUUUUAGGUGAAGCAUGAAAAUUGAGUAGAAUUCAGUGCCUAAUCUGUGUUUAUUACGUUAAUAUCUGCCCUUUUGCUAAUUUAAUUUACAUAAUUACAUUGUGGAGCUGUUUAAUGUUGAGAAAAUGAUUCAUCAAAUUGUGGGUUAGUUCGAGUUGCA